UGCUGCAACUCGGCCACAAUAUUGGAGGAAUGCGCUUUUGUCGCUCGCAGGGGGUGGAGUUAGAAAGUGAACGAGCGCUGCCUACCAAACGGAGAGAGGAGAAGGAGGCGAGAAAGACAGAGCCGAGCAGAGAGAGAGGAGAGGAGAGAGACGGCUGGCCAGGCUGCUCAACCAGCGCACGAUGGUGGUGGUCGGAGCAGAGUCCUGAACGAGACACGAAGCUGUGAAUUGUUUGUAGCGAUUCCAAAACCAAAAAAAAGGAAAAAGCGCAGGAGAAACUGGGCGUGCUUUGCAUCUGGGAUCCUUUAAUUGGAAAGGAAAAGAAAGAAGAAACAAGAGCAGUUUUUUUUUUUUUUGCUUAAAAAAGAGGCGAGGAGUUGCUUUUUUGGGGGCUAAUAUCUGUUGUUUUAACUCUUUCCUCUGCGCGCCGGACUGUUUUUACGCACGACGCUUGGAGCCACCACACCACCGACCUCCAGCACUCCUCCGGCGGGCUCAGAGGCAGCGGUUCCCGGCUUUCUGCUGGGAUGUUGGAGUCGCGCCGCUUGGAGGGCUGAAGGCACCGAGAGAGUGGCCCGGAGAGACCGAAGGGGACGGAGGCCGAGACGGGAGCCGGGAGCAUGGCUCUGGCAGUGCUGUCUCUCUGGGUGCUAACGAGUCUCACCUGGGCCAAUCAGCUCCAGGUGUCCGCCAACAGGCACUCCGUUUACUGGAACAGCUCCAACAUACAUCUGCGUAGGGAGGGCUACACGAUGCAGGUGAACGUCAACGACUACCUGGACAUCUACUGCCCCCACUACAACGACAGCCAGCGCAUGGUGGGCACUGGUGAGCAGUACGUCCUCUACAUGGUCAGCUUCCGCGGCUACCGGAACUGCGACCCCCAGCUGGGCUUCAAGAGGUGGGAGUGCAACCGGCCCCACGCCCCACACGCCCCCAUCAAGUUCUCCGAGAAGUUCCAGCGCUACAGCGCCUUCUCGCUGGGCUACGAGUUCCACGUGGGCCAGGAGUACUACUACAUCUCCACGCCCACCCAUCACCACGGACGCAGCUGUCUCAGACUACGAGUUUACGUCUGCUGCGCCACAGCCUCUGACGUGGACGACGAGCCGGAGCCCACAGAACCAGACUACACGCUUAGACCAGGCCUAAAAAUUGACGAUAUCGAUGAAUUUAACCCGUUCGUUCCCAAGCUGGAGAAGAGCGUCAGCGGCAGCAGCCCGUCCAGGGAUCGCCUUCUCCUCACCGUGACGAUGCUCUUUCUGGCCGCCCUCUUCAUCUCCUAGCAACGGCCAUCCCAUCAGCGUCACCAUGCCAACUAGCCUUGGGACGGUGUACAGUAUCAGUGGGCGGGAGGAGAGCGGGAGAAUGGAGAGGAGUGGAGAGGAAGCGAGAAGAAGACUCUGAAAUUAGAGUUUUGAAGCAUCACAGUGUGAAUGUGUGUGUGAGUUUGUGCAGCUGUGUGUGUGUGUGUGUGAGGGAUUGUGGUUUCGGUGGAGCUGGAAGACCUUCAGGCGCUCAGUGACUCUAUUAAAGCGGGCCCAGGUGUGUGUUUGUGUGUCUGAGCAGGCCACGUUGUCGAGCUUGUUGAAUCAUGCACAACCACACGAAGCAUUUAGAGGCGCUAUCAAAAGAAGACCACCCGAUUGGUAGCAAAAAAAAUAAACAUUCGAAGACUUUUUUUCCCCCCUCGGAAUCCGAUUGGCUGUAACACUUCCUUGGGGGCUAGUUGCCAUAGUUUCUUACAACAAGACUGAACUCAAACGAACUGGAUCGAAUUGAACUGAAAUUGCCUUUUUUGUUUUGUUUGUUCUCGUCGUCGAAUUUGACGCCGGGAACUCGGAGGAAGGGAAAAAAAAACAAGCCGACGAACUUUGCCGGUUCUUUUUGUAGGAGACUAGUCAAAGUAGCUGAUAGUUCAUACACCAACGCCGCCGUUUCAGUUGCCAUCUCCACUAUGUGUUGGUCUGCAGAAGGGAGUUAAAGAGCAUUUAAACGAGGGAAAAAAAAAAGGAGCUCAGAUGUGCCAUUGAGGGUUUGUCGGUGUUCUAAGUUGCUGUGUUUCUUUCUCCGGUCAGUCCUCCGUCAUCUCCGAGGUUAACGAAGCACACGAUGGAUGGCUACGGGAGCUUCCAUGGACACACUCAGCAAUACUUACCCUCGUACACGAACACGUCCGGACAUUAACAAGUUUAAGCUCCGCUCCGCCGGCUUCAUUCUCCAUAAACUCCACAUGUCAGAUGCCACAGUUUUAUUCUUCUUUUCUGUUACAGCGUGUCCAUGAGAGUGAGGGGAAAAAAAAAAAACGUGUUUGUCUUUGAGAGUGAGAGAGGAUAUUUUAAAUGGUACUAACAGCCUGAGAACACAUCCACAUACUGUACAUCUUAUAAAUGCAAAACGAAAAAAAACAAAAAACAAAAAAUGGUAUAUCUCAAAAACAGAGCAACAAGUUAUACAUACAAAUACCAAGUGCUUUGGUGGGGAGGUACAGCAAUUCACAAACAAAUGUACCAGUCGGUUGCUUCAGAAUAGCGUUUCCAUAGCAACUAGCACCUUAUUCACCAUGGUUACCCUACCCUGCCAACGACGGACUCUAGUAGGGGCAUGGCUUACCGUAGUAGCUGAUAGCAGUGAUGAAGGUGAUGCUGAUUAUAAUGGUGGUGGUGAUGAUGAUGAUGGACUGCGAGCCGACCGCCGGGCCAUGAAGGCCUCGCGGCGGCUCACCCACCGGCACGUGAGACGUUCAAGUACUCGUGUAAAUGUCGAAACGGACACAGAAUGGAAAAUUGGAAAAUGUCCUGAAAAAUCUGACGAGGUGAAAUGUGAUGUAAGCAUUUUUACAAACUUGAAGUUCAUUUGUUUUCUUUGUGGUUGUUUUGUUUUUCUUUAAUUACAGUUUUUGUUGAGUUCGCUGUGGUAUAUAUUCGGUUAUCUUGAGGGGGAAGACGGGUUUAAAAGUUGGAAAACCGGGCGGGUCGAGCCGUAUGGAAACUUGGGCUGCCAGUCUCUCCGCUUUUAAUGUUAAAGUAUCUUUGAAAGUUUGUUUUUGAGGGUUUAUAUUUUGUCUCCAUGAAGCAGCACUCCAACAAUAAUACCCGAAUAUGAGUUGACUUGUCGGUAAGUGUUACUCAGCCUGUGCAGACUGUUGCAUAACGUCUGAAAUGUGCAAUGAAUAUGAUCAUGAUGUUUGAAAAUCAUAGACAGGGAAGGUCCAACAGAAGAUGUCAAAGAGUUGCAUCAUGGGAAUUGUAGGAUCCAACAGUUCUGGUUGCAACGCCUCAUCCUGUUCUCUGUAUGGUUUUGACCAUUUUCCACUGACCAUUGCUAAACUGAAGUGUUUGAAUCAAAAGGUGGGUUUCCACUGCAGGAACUUGAUCUACGUUCCAAACCUCAUCCAUGGUCAUGAGUUCUCGGAUGCAGUCGACCAAAAUGAGGGUGGUUGGGCUCAGAAUUGGAGGUCAAAUGAGAAGCUUCCAAGAGCUUGGAGUGGAGUCAACGAUCUUGGGAGGUUUUUCAGGUACCGGGGUGGACGUAGAACUCGUUGGAGGGUGAACAUAUGUCAUCUGGCCUGGGAACACCUUGAAAUGCUCCAGGAGGAAACUGGAAGACAUCGCUGGAUGGAGGAACCUUCUGGAAACCGUAACCCUGAGCAGCAGAAAAUGAAAAGAUGGAUGGAAUUUGUGACACAAGGUGGUGUGAGCGUUUACAGAAAUGAUCCCUAAUCAACCUUUUUGGCUUUUUUUUUUUUCCAUUGCGGUGUUGAAUCCAACAGCUUUGACCGUAACAUUAACUCCAAGUGCACUAAAAACAAACUACAAAUGGUAGCUAUUGGACUUAAUUCCAGUUCUUUUGAGAAGGAAUGCAUACGGGUUGGUAAAAACAAAGCAAAACUACACGAAUUUGUUGUUGUAGGCCAGCAAGUGCACAUUUAGUAUAGCUUAUGUGCAGUAAAAAGUGCUUUAAUUUUGAAGGAAAGUUUACUUAGACCAUAGAGAACAAAACAGGUGUCGCUUCAAACCAGAGGUGGCAGAUUUGAGCCAGUUGUGUAGCAAAAAUUUGCACAUCACUUGCAGUUACGUCCAUUUUUUUCCAUCUUUUUCAAUAACAAAUGGGAAAAAACUCACCUUGCUUUGCUUUUGUAGUGUAAAAACCUGUUUUAAUCGUCUUUUUAGCUUCAUUUGUUGACUUCAAUUGACUGUUUGCAGCUAAAUCUUGUUUAUUUUGCAUCUACCUACUCUUUUACAAUGGAUGCUUGGUAUGUUAGCCUGUUGAAGCUACUCGAUCAGGGGAGAAAAAAUGGUGCUUUGUGUCAUCUUAACCAAACUCAAGAUCUGCACAAUGCAUUUUCUGGUCUGCUCAGAAGUUUCUACGCUUUUUUUCUCCCUGCCAUUGACUCCACCGAGGCUCUUCUUGCAGUCAGAACAUGCAUAAAGGUUUGUGUGAUUGUAAACUGGCCCGUGAGUUCCCGCAGUGGAAAACAGCCUGAAGCUACGUCUGCUCCAGGUAGCAUUUAUCUGGUCCAGGAUGCUGAUAUCAUGAAUUCUUCGGAAAAAAAUUUGCAGAACAAGAUUUGUGUUGCAACCCCUUUGGACCACCAAGAGUCGGAGAUAUACAAGAUGUCAUUCUGUACUGUUAUUCUCCUCUAAAGAAGUUAUUUUCGACCUUUCUGUGAGGCUUUUUUCUUCUCAGUGCAGUCUGGCCACACACGUGCAAACGACAGAUGAACAGAAAUGCAGUAGAUCUCGUCACCCAGACGAGACGUCGUGCCUCAACGUGGAAACAAAGAGUCAUUGCAGUGCAGCCCAGGUGCUCGUACGCCUCGCGGUCGGGAGGGCAGGUGGGGAAAGGUUCAGGUGUGGAGGAGCUGGAGGGUGGAAGAAGAGCUAGCGCAGAGGGUAAAUCACUCUUCAAGAAGUUGCACUUAUGAACUUAGACACGAGCGCAAGAAAAGUGUGAAUGAGUCAGAGCUCAUUUCUGGUUAAUCACUUCAUGACUGCGGGAGUCUUUGUUGUCGAUGUGCAAAUGUGUGUGUGUGUGUGUAAAUGUGUGUGUGUGUGUGUGUGUGUGUGCAGGUGAACGGAUGCGAGAGCGACCGAGUCUUUGUUUCGUGCGCGUGAGAGUGUGUGUGUGUGAUCCGAUUGUUGUCUGGCAAAGCAACAAAAGCAUUUAAUAGUGUUGGAAACAACAAUUUACAAUCAUGUUUACCUUCGACUGGAAUGACUUUAAAUGAACUUGAAAAUAAACUGUAAACUGAACAAACCAUAACAGAGGUUAUAACGAUGAUCAUGAUAACAAAAAUAAUAAGCUUACAAAUGUUACUUUUA